AUGUACUAUAGAAUACUGUCUCGAGAAGAGCGGCUGGAGAUGCCCCAGGAGCUCGACCCCCUCCCCUUGUCUGAUCGGCUGCUGUAUUUUUCCCCCCAUUCCCAUACCACACCCCUCCGGCAGAUCAAGUGCGUUCUCCUCCAAUGGCUGCCGUGGAUCCUGCGCAUGAACAGGCCGGGCAAAAAGAUCACUUGGAAGACGAUCAUGAUGAGUAACAAGAUGCGUGAGAUGGAGCUCAAGGAGAGGUCGUCCAAGUCGCUCUUGGCUAAUGUGCUGGACAUCGACGAUGACAUCCGGCAGAUCCAAGCCAUGGGCACCACCACCCCGACGGGAGGGGCGAGAGGGACGCCCUCGCACAACGGGGGACACCCUCGCCUGCUGGGCCGCUCCUACGAGGAAGGGGGCCCGCUCAUGACGCCGCACUCCUCCUUCUGCUUCAACAACACGCGCGAACUGCAGAACAUUCUGCGGGAGUUGCGCCACAUCACGAACCAGAUGAGGAGCGAUGAGGAUGACAUGGAAGUGAUCCUCGAGUGGAAGUUCGCGGCGAUGGUCGUGGAUAGGUUCUGCCUCAUCACCUUCACUCUGUACACAGUUGUCUCAUCCAUAGUCGUCCUGUUGUCGGCCCCACAUGUUCUCAUCUACAAGGAUUAGGUCUGAAAACGCGAAACAGCGGUUGACUAGUCUGCUGAGUGUUUAUACAAUGCAUUGAAGACGUUUAUUGAUAGUCAGUGUCGAUACGUUACGUUAAGAGACGGUGAUAAGACGAUAGAUAAUCUGGAAUACAUCGAAUGAUACCGUUCACAAAUCAGUGAAAAACAAAUCCAAAUCUGUCCUUUUUACUAUAUCAGUAAACACCAAAUAUAUUUGCAAGUUGUACAUUAGCCAGGAUUAUAAACACUGAUUUGAAUAUGCAUGUUAUUUGCAAUCACUGCUUUUUGUUUUCUUGACAAAAGGAAGACCGUCGGAGAACAGUCGUAUGGUGCUUAACAAAAUAACAUGAUCUGAAACUGAGAAAGAUAUCAAGAAAGCUGUUCACCUUAGCCCAUGACGAAGGGAUGUUCUUUUUUUUCUUUUUUUGUAGGCGAUUUUGUGAUUCGUGUUAUUUUGCUUGUAAAGGCAAUAAUACAUGAUGGGACAAUAUUUUUCCUUAGAUAUAUUCGACAAAAUUUUCAGCUAUUAUAUUGUUGAUAUUUCCAUCAUCGCAUAAUCUCUGACGUUGAUCUUUAUACACAGAAAU